AUGCAUCUCCUCAGGAGUCUAGGGUUCUUCCAACUAACCCUGAUAUUACUUAGUGUGACUAUAGGGACAGGAAUUUUUGUGUCUCCUAACGGGGUAUUAAAAUACUCCUCAAUGAACAUCCCUGUGACUCGUAUUUGGGUAGGUUGUGCCCUGCUGAGCAUGAUGAAUGCUCUCUCUCUUGCCGAGCUGGGGACCAUCUUCCCUGUGAGUGGAGCAUCUUAUUACUUCCUCAAACGAUCUCUUGGAUCCUCUGCUGCUUUUCUCAGUCUUUGGAUUAAUUUGUUUGCUCAUUUUCUAGGCAUCGGUGUUCAUGUCUUAACAGCAAGUAGUUACCUAAUCCAGUCUUUCUCUGCUGGAUGCCCAGCUCCAGAGCUCCCAAAGAAGUGUCUGGCUUUGAUUAUUUUGUGGUCCCUUGGAAUUCUGAAUUCUCGAGGGAUAAAAACAGUGGCUUGGAUUCCGACUAUCAGCAGUCUGAUAAAAAUGAGCAUUCUUUGUCUCAUUUCUCUAAUUGGAGUAGUGCUGUUAGUGAUUGGGAAAAAGGAGAAUAUAAGCAGGUUUGAGAAUGCUUUGGACGCUGAACAUCCUGAUGCUUCACAGACUGCAGAGGCCAUUCUUCAAGCGUACUAUUCAUACUUCGGAGCAACACUCCUAAUCAACAUAGCAGGAGAAGUAAAAAGACCUGCUGAAAAUAUUCCAAAAUCUUUAGUAUCUUGCCUGUCCAUUGUGGCUCUGUUGUACUUACUGACUAAUAUAUCAUACCUGGCAGUUUUGAUACCCCAGAAAUUAAUUUUUGUAGAUUCUGUUGUUGUCACAUGGAUGGACAGAGACUUUCCUUCCAUGCAAUGGGUAGUUUCUUUGUCCAUUUCAGCUUCCCUAAUCUUAUCCAUUCCUUGUGGAAUACUGUCAGCAUCAAGAAUAUUCUACUGUGCAAGUCAAGAGGAGCAACUUACUUUCAUCUACUCAAUGCUCAAUGGCCAUAACUCUCCAGUUGUAGCUGUCAUCCAGACAGUCGUUUUCUCUUCUGUGGCAAUAAUAACUUCGAAUAUAAUCUACUUAGUGAAAUAUGUGAGUCUAGGAACAUGCUGUAUAUAUUUGCUAAAUAUGAUCGGAUUCCUUAAACUAAGGUAUCAUAACCCUGAUCUACCAAGGCCUUAUAAGGUGUGGUGGCCAUUUAUAUUUGGAUCUAUAGUUUCAUCAGUUUGUCUCAUUUUCACACCAGUUAUUCGGUCUCCUAGUGUAGAGCAUGUCUAUCAGGUCGUCUUCCUUUGCUGUGGACUUCUGUGUUCCUGGCUUCAAGCUCACCUUAAUAGACAUGCUGCUUGUUAUGACAAAAUCACUUGUUACUGCCAACUCCUUUUCAAUGUCUCACCAUCUGAAGACCAAGAUAAAUUAAUUACUCACCAAAAUUAUGACUAA